AUGUGGAACGGGCCAUUGACCUUGUCACUCAUCACAUGCCAUGUUCUACGGACUAUCGCUAUCGUUGGAGUCGAACCAAGUAUAAGUUUUUUCGAUGGUACUGACUAUAUGAAUCAAUGUAAGACUAGACUUGAACGACGAAUCACAGGUCUCUCUGGAGUAAUUUAUUCUCAUUCACUUUACGGAAGAGUGCCUUAUAACGCAAGCAGGAACUGUUUCGUGAUGUUAAUUGCUCCAAUAGGUUAUCGUAUACGAUUACGGGUUCUGGAAUUCGAUGUGAAUGGUCAAAAUUCAAUUUGUGAGAAGGAUACAUUACAUGUGUUUGAUCACGAGACAGUGAUUGACCCUGCUGCCGCACAUUUUCAAUCGAGCGAUUCCGUUACACCUGGACCCAUAAUAGGACAGUUUUGCGGUAAACGCACCAAUACUAGCGAGUUAAGCGUAAGCACUUUGAAUGCACUCACACUUUGGUGGCAUACUGAUCCAUUACUUGCACAACAACAUCCAGCAAAAGGAUUUCGACUUCAAUGGAAUGCAUUUCGAGUAACAACCAAUGUUCCCUGUUCACCGUCACGUGAGUUCGCAUGCGGAGGAAACGAAUGCAUUCCAAUUCAGUUAGCUUGUGAUCGUUUUGCGGACUGUCGGGAUGAGUCGGACAUUAUCUACACCAGACAAUUUGCUGCAAAUUGUGAGAAUUUAGACAUUGAUCCAUUGACGUCAGUCUCGGGAUUCCUUGUGCUGUUGCUUUCUGGAGGUGUAGUGCUUCUACUCGGAUGCGUCUGCAUAUCGUUUUGUAUCUGCUGUCGAUGUAUCAGAUCCAUUCAUCCACAAUUUAAAGACGAAGCUGUUGAAUGUGGAGGAGUUCCAUCGCCUCCAGAACCUCCACAAUUCUAUCCUCCAUCGCCUCCAAAAAUUCCUCUUCCGGCCACAUCGAUUGCGUUUACACCGAGGAAACUUCCACAAAUGGAUGGGCCGAACAUGGUUCAUGAUGGAUACCGUUCUGUUCGAAUAGGAAAUGAGUAUGGAAGUCCAAUGGAUGUGAAUCAACAUGACUACACAUAUGUCAGAAACGAUGUUCAUCGUAAUUUAUUGUGA